UGGAGAUGAAAAAUACAAAUGAUUUUAAAAAAACACACAUUGUUUAAAAUCUUUUAGAGCCAGUUGUCUGGGCCAGUUGCUGGCCAGGUUUUAGAUAUUAAUCUGGCUGCAGAGCCAAAAGUGAACCGAGGGAAAGCAGGCGUGAAAUGAUCUGCAGCGGAGAUGUACGGCUCCUCCUUGACUUGGACUAUGACUUUCAACGUGAUUAUUAUGACAGGAUGUACAGUUACCCAGCACGUGUUCCUCCUCCUCCUCCUAUUGCUCGGGUUGUAGCGCCCUCUAAACACCAGCGCGUAUCAGGAAACACCUCAAGAAGGGAGAAAAGUGACUUAAACUCUAAGAGCGGACCACGAGGAUCUUCUUCCAAAUCUGGAAAAUUGAAAGGAUAUGACCUUCAGUUCAUUAAGAAGGAGCUGACCCAAAUAAAACAAAAAGUGGAGUCUCUUCUGGAAAGCCUGGAAAAAAUUGAAAAGAAACAGAGCAAACAAGCAGUAGAGAUGAAGAAUGAUAAGUCAGAAGAGGAAAAGAGCAGCAGUUCCCUGAAGAAAGAUGAGACUAAUGUGAAGAUGGAGUCUGAGGGGGGUACAGAUGACUCUGCUGAGGAGGGGGGCCUACUGGAUGACGAUGAUAAUGAAGAUCGGGGGAUGACCAGCUGUAGUUGAUCAAGGAUGGUGAAAAAGAGGCUGAGGAAGGAGAGGAUGACUCUUAAGUACAUAGUGGGGAUUAGCAUCUUAUCCCAUUAUUUCUUUAUCUAGGCGCUUGUCUAAGAUCAAAAUUUUCACCAGAUCCUCUCUCCUAGUAUCUUCAUCACAUGCUCACUGUUCGACCCAUCCUUGUCUUUCCUGUGUUCAUUAAUUCAUUUCCCUGCGCCUAGUCCCAUUUUCAUUUCCUUUGAUGCUCCUGGUAGUUUUGUUAAGUCUUGCCCUGUAAUUUUUGCUUUUAAUUUUGAUACCUCUUUGACUUAACAAUAAAAAAGUAUGUAUGGUUUUUA